GAAAAGACGGCCCGCGCGCCCGAAUUGCUUAUAGCAUUCACAUAAGGAGACAGCACGCGGCAGUCGCUACCAGUGGUUCUGCUUUGUGUUUGAUGACGGCGUACUAAAGUUCGUUUUAGCGGUUUUAUUUUUUAGUUUGCAGUUACGAUGCCAUCCAGAACGUCCCUGUCUUUGCCAGACGAUGUCAGAAAAAGACUGCAGAUGCUGGAGGAGGACGGAUCUUCAGAGGAGGAUCAAGUCAAAGAGAAGCUAAAGUUGGUGCAGGACUUUCUGCAUGAUGAUACUCAAACCCAGUUGACCAGUCUUGAAAAAGAAAUGAAAAGUUCUGAGAUCUCGAAGGAGGUAUACAUAUCAAAAGUAAAGGCCUUAUUGGGAAAGGAACUUCAUCUGGAGAAUGACUUGGAAGUUGGAAAAACAAAUGGCUUCUCAAACGGCUCUCAUGAAGAUGAGCAGGAUGAAGAAGCCAUGGGCACAGAUGAUGUCAAAUCACCGCCUCCUUCCAAAGGGAAGGCUGGACGCAGGAGCAAGUCCAAUGGUGAUUCAAAAAAGUCUCCAGCAAGUGCAAGAGUCACCAGGAAUAGUGGGAAACAGCCAACUAUCUUGUCAAUGUUCUCCAAAGUUCAAAAGCGCAAGUCUGAGGAAAUGAGUGAAGAAAGUGUCAAUGGAAAAGAUGAAGUGAAGAAAGAGGAGGAUGUCGAAGAGUCUCAAGAGAAGAAGCGCCUCAAAGUGGAAUCUGAUGAAAAUUCUGCUGCAGAAGAUUGUAAGAAUGACACAACCAAGCCAGUAUCUGCUGCAAAGACCCCACCUCCCAAAUGUCAAGAUUGCCGACAGUUUUUGGAUGACUCAGAUCUGAAGUUCUUUCAAGGAGAUCCUGAUAAUGCUCUUGAUGAACCUGAGAUGUUAACAGAUGAGCGUCUCUCCCUCUUUGACUCAAACGAGGAUGGGUUUGAGAGCUACGAUGAUCUGCCACAGCACAGAAUCACAAAUUUCAGCGUGUAUGAUAAACGCGGUCAUCUGUGUCCGUUUGACUCCGGACUGAUUGAGAAGAACGUGGAGCUUUACUUCAGCUGUGCCGUUAAACCCAUCUACGAUGACAAUCCUUGCUUGGAUGGUGGAGUUCCUGCAAAGAAGCUUGGGCCGAUCAACGCCUGGUGGAUCACUGGGUUUGAUGGAGGAGAAAAGGCUCUAAUUGGUUUCACAACAGCGUUUGCGGAUUACAUCUUGAUGCAGCCCAGCGAGGAGUAUGCCCCCAUUUUCGCACUGAUGCAGGAAAAGAUCUAUAUGAGCAAGAUAGUGGUAGAAUUCCUCCAGAAAAACCCAGAUGUUACUUAUGAAGACCUCCUCAACAAAAUUGAGACAACAGUUCCUCCUGCAGGACUAAACUUCAACUGUUUCACUGAAGACACUCUGCUGCGCCACGCCCAGUUUGUGGUGGAACAGGUGGAGAGCUACGACGAGGCUGGCGACUCGGAUGAGCAGCCCAUCAUCGUCACUCCCUGCAUGAGAGACCUCAUCAAACUCGCAGGAGUCACUCUGGGGAAAAGCACGCUGCUGUACUGGAGAGCUGCCAGAAGACAAGCCAUCCGUCACCCGACGAAGAUCGAGAAGGACAGCAAAGGACCGACGAAGGCAACAACCACUAAACUGGUCUACCAGAUCUUCGAUGCCUUCUUCUCUGACCAGAUAGAGCAGAACGAUAAAGAGAGUGCGCUCAAAAGGCAGCGUUGUGGCGUUUGUGAAGUUUGCCAGUCUCCUGAUUGCGGCAAAUGUACCGCCUGCAAAGAUAUGAUCAAGUUUGGAGGAAGCGGUCGAAGCAAGCAAGCCUGUAAACAGAGAAGAUGCCCUAAUCUUGCUGUAAAAGAGGCUGAAGAUGAUGAGAUUGUUGAGGAAGAUGUUUUGGUAGAAAAGGCAAAGAAGGACGCCAACACCAAGAAGAAGAAACAAACUCAGUGCAAGCUUGCAUGGAUCGGAGAGCCUAUACUGUCGGAGGGGAAGAAACACUACUACAAGAAAGUGUCCGUCAAUGAUGAGGUUUUGGAAGUGGGAGACUGCGUUUCGGUUUUAUCUGAUGAUCCAUCCGUUCCUCUGUAUCUGGCCAGGAUCACUUCAAUGUGGGAGGGUUCCCACGGGAAGACCUUCCAUGCUCACUGGUUCCUUCGAGGGAUUCACACAGCGCUCGGAGAAUCCUCUGAUCCACUGGAGCUCGUCGUCGUGGAUGAAUGCGAGGACAUGCUGCUCAGUUAUGUCCAUGAAAAAGUGAACGUUAUGUACAAAGCUCCCUCCAACAACUGGUUCAUGGAGGGUGGAAUGGAUGUUGACCUCAAGGUGGUUGAGGAUGAUGGGAAGAGUUUUUUCUACCAGUUUUGGUAUGACACAGAGUUUGCCCGAUUUGAGACUCCUCCCAAGACUUCAGAACCAGAGGACUGCAAGUACAGGUUCUGUGGCAGCUGUGCUCGCAUUAAAGAGAGAGCAGAGCAGGAAGUGCCUCAAGCACUCGAACCUCUAGAGAAUGAAAGCGGCGACACAAAGGUUCUGUAUGCGCUGGCUUGCUUCAAAGGCGAGCAGUUUAAAAUUGGAGAUGGAGUUUACCUGCCUCCUGACUCCUUCAGUUUCAAUAUGAAGCCUGCUAGCCCAGUGAAGCGCUCCCACAGGAAGGAGGACGUGGAUGAAGAUCUGUAUCCCGAGUACUACCGGAAGUCCUCAGACUACAUCAAAGGGUCAAACCUGGAUGCUCCGGAGCCUUUCCGUGUCGGCCGCAUCAAGGAGAUCUUCUGUCAUCGCCGUAGCAACGGAAAAUCUGACACUGCAGACGUCAAACUGACACUUUACAAGUUCUACAGACCAGAAAACACUCACAAAGGUGUUAAAGCGAGUUACCAUGCUGACAUUAACCAGCUCUACUGGAGUGAUGAAGAAGUGACUGUCCGCAUGUCUGAAGUUCUGGGCCGCUGUCAAAUAGAAUAUGCAGAAGACCUGAUUGAAUCGGUCCAAGACUAUUCCAGCGGUGGACCAGACCGCUUCUAUUUUCUGGAGGCCUACAAUGCAAGGUCUAAAAGCUUUGAGGAUCCUCCAAAUCACGCCCGGUCUGCAGUUCAUAAAGGAAAAGGAAAGGGCAAAGGAAAAGGAAAAGGCAAAGGGAAGGCUUCACAGGAACAGCAGGACUCCAACGUUGGCCCACAGAUGCCUAAAGUUCCAAAAUAUCGCACCCUUGAUGUUUUCUCUGGCUGUGGGGGCCUGUCCGAGGGUUUCCAUCAAGCCGGCAUCUCGGAGUCACUGUGGGCCAUCGAGAUGUGGGAGCCGGCAGCUCAGGCCUUCAGGCUCAACAACCCCGGCACCACAGUCUUCACAGAGGACUGCAACGUCCUGCUGAAGCUGGUCAUGUCCGGGGAGAAGACCAAUUCUCUGGGUCAGAAGCUGCCGCAGAAGGGAGACGUGGAGAUGCUUUGUGGGGGGCCUCCAUGUCAAGGCUUCAGUGGAAUGAAUCGCUUCAACUCUCGCACUUACUCCAAGUUCAAGAACUCGCUUGUGGUUUCCUAUCUGAGUUACUGUGAUUACUACAGACCCAAGUUCUUCUUGCUGGAGAAUGUGAGGAACUUUGUUUCCUUCAAGAACUCCAUGGUUCUGAAGCUGACUCUGCGCUGCCUUGUGCGGAUGGGCUACCAGUGUACCUUUGGUGUUCUUCAGGCGGGUCAGUAUGGCGUUGCCCAAACACGCCGCAGAGCUAUCAUCCUGGCUGCUGCUCCAGGAGAGAAGCUGCCUCGCUACCCUGAACCGCUGCACGUGUUUGCGCCCAGAGCCUGCUCUCUGAGCGUGGUGGUGGAUGAAAAGAGAUACGUCAGUAAUGUUACCCGAGGUAACGGGGGCAUCUACAGAACCAUCACAGUCAGAGACAGCAUGUCCGACCUCCCCGAGAUUCGCAAUGGUGCAUCUGCCCUGGAGAUUUCCUACAACGGGGAGCCUCAGUCUUGGUUUCAGAGACAGAUCAGAGGCACGCAGUAUCAGCCCAUUCUCAGGGAUCAUAUCUGCAAGGACAUGAGCGCUCUGGUUGAGGGUCGGAUGCGUCACAUUCCCUUGGCUCCAGGCUCUGAUUGGAGAGAUCUGCCCAACAUUGAGGUUCGCCUCAAAGAUGGCACCAUGACCAAGAAGCUGCGCUACACCCACACUGACAAGAAGAAUGGCCGCAGCAGCACCGGCGCCCUCAGAGGCGUCUGUACUUGUGCCGGAGGGAAGCCUUGUGAUCCCGCAGACCGGCAGUUCAACACUCUGAUCCCCUGGUGUCUGCCCCACACCGGGAACCGCCACAACCACUGGGCCGGGCUUUAUGGCAGACUGGAGUGGGAUGGGUUUUUCAGCACGACUGUCACCAACCCCGAACCCAUGGGCAAGCAGGGCCGCGUUCUGCACCCUGAGCAGCACCGAGUGGUCAGUGUCAGGGAAUGUGCUCGCUCUCAAGGAUUUCCUGACACCUACCGCUUCUUUGGAAACAUCCUGGACAAACACAGACAGGUUGGAAAUGCCGUUCCACCUCCGCUCUCCAGAGCUAUUGGGCUGGAGAUUAAGAAGUGUGUCAUUGAGAGAAUGAAGGAAGAAGAAACAACAGAUGUCAUCAAACAAGAAAAGAUGGAAGUCUCUGAUUAGUUCAUUUCCUGUUCAAGCACAAUAAGAUCUAGAAGUUCUGGGUUUUGGGAUUGUUUUAUUUUUUACUAUUUGCUGUCUGUGAAUUGACCACUAUGGACAUGUAAUGUAGUACCCAUCCCGUGUUUUAACUGCUUUUAAUCAUGUUCCUCGAUGUUUAAUGUGCAACAAAUUGUAUGUAGUUUUUAUAUGUUAAAAUUCAAAUAAAGCUCUUAUGAAAUUUUA